ACCAUGAGGUCUCUGGUCUUCAUUCUGCUCAUUGGAGCUGCUUUUGCCACCGAGGACGACAAGAUCGUCGGAGGGUAUGAGUGCCAACGCAACUCUCAGCCCCAUCAGGUGUCUCUGAACUCCGGCUACCACUUCUGUGGUGGCUCCCUGGUUAAUGAGUACUGGAUUGUGUCUGCUGCUCACUGCUACAAGUCUCGUAUCCAGGUGCGUCUUGGUGAGCACAACAUCGGGAUCACCGAGGGCAGCGAGCAGUUCAUCACCUCCUCCCGUGUCAUCCGCCACCCCCAGUACAACCCCUACAAUAUCGACUAUGAUGUCAUGCUGAUCAAGCUGAGCGAGCGCGCCAUCAUCAAUGAGUAUGUGCAGCCCGUGCCUCUGCCCAACGCCUGUGCUCCCGCUGGCACCAUGUGUCUCGUCUCUGGCUGGGGCAACACCAUGAGCUCCACUGCUGACAGGAACAAGCUGCAGUGCCUGAACAUCCCCAUCAUUUCUGAUGUGGACUGUGACAACUCCUACCCCGGCAUGAUCACCGACACCAUGUUCUGUGCUGGAUACCUGGAGGGAGGCAAGGACUCCUGCCAGGGUGACUCUGGUGGCCCUGUUGUGUGCAACGGCGAGCUGCAAGGCAUUGUGUCCUGGGGCUACGGAUGUGCCGAAAAGGACCACCCUGGUGUCUAUGCCAAGGUGUGCAUGUUCCUCGACUGGCUGGAGCGCACUAUGGCCAGCGGCUGAGUUUGAUCCAACCGUUCAGCUUCCACCUCAGACACACAUCUCAACA